UGAUGUUUUAGUUCCGUGGUUUGGGAGCCUAUCACUUCUUCGUCAAUGGAGGACACGGUGUUUUAACACGACAACGUUAUUAUUCACAUUAACCCCUUUUAGUAUAUUAUUAUUCAUUGCUAAAUACAGGGAUUUUAAUGUCCGUGGCAAAUGCAAAACAGACGUUUCUCAAUCCGACAAUCCCCUUCACUGAGAUUAUACCGGGUGGUCUUCACCCAGGAGAGAUGAUUGUUAUACAGGGAUGUGUACAUAAUGAUGCGGACAGGUUUCAGUUUGAUUUGACAUGUGGCUGCAGCACAAAGCCACGCGCGGACAUUGCCUUUCACUUCAAUCCCCGCUUCAGCAGCUCUCCACAGAUCGUGUGCAACUCAUUACAACAUGAAAACUGGGGAAGAGAGGAAAAUAUUGACCUCAUGCCAUUUAAACGAGGAGCAUCUUUUGAGACCAUCAUCUUGGUACUCUGUGAUGUUUUUAAAGUAGCAGUUAAUGGUGUCCACAUUUUGGAGUAUAAACACAGAAUUCCUCUUGAGAUGGUCGACACGUUUUCAGUCUCUGGAAAAGUAGAACUCUAUGCAAUUGGCUUUAUCCCUGACUCAGCAGUAUUUUCGAAAUCAGGAGACCUAAGCAUACCUUACAAGGGCAGUUUACUUAGAGGAGUCAUUCCAGGGCAGCAUAUAACAAUCAAAGGGCACAUCAGCUUAUUCCCUCACAGUUUCACUGUUAACCUGAGGUGUAGCCAAUCCAACAACAUUGCCCUGCACCUGAACUCACACAUCAAAUCUGGCAUGCUUAUUAGGAACUCUCUUCUCAGCCAGUCAUGGGGCCCAGAAGAGCGUGAACUGCAAUACUUUCCCUUUUCAGCUGGAAACUACUUUGAGAUGAUCAUCCUAUGUCAGCUUCAUCAGUUUAGGAUAGCAGUUAACGGAUCCCACCUACUGGAUUAUAAGCACAGAGUGCAGGACUUGAGCUCCAUUGAUCAGCUGGAGAUUCUGGGUGAUGUGGAACUGCAAAAUGUUCAGCUGUGGUGUAGCCUCUGAAUCCAAUAAAAACAAGGAAGAAAACCGAAAGCAUUACAUCAGAAAUUGUUGAUUUAACACAUUUAUUUGCUUGCUUGCUCUAUCAUUAUUCAGUUAUACUGUGGGCUGCAUUCUAGGGCUACAUAAUUGGAUUUUUUCUCUUGAUUUCUCUUGAUUUCUGUUGAUUUUUCUUAGAUUAAGUCAAUUAACUUAAUUCUUAAUUAUUAACAGCAUUUUCAUCUAUGGGUAUCAAUUGGUAGUAAUAUGAUAACAAUGAUUACAGAUUUUCCUAGAAAUCUGUGACAAGGACAUGUUGGUGAAAAGUUUUCAAUAAUUGAUGGGCAAUAAUUAUAUUAAUCCUUUAUCUUUAAUUGUUUUAACCUUUUUUGCAAUUAUGUUUACCCAGCUGGUUCCAAAGUGAUUUUAAGUGGAUAUUCUAAUUGAUGUCAAGUUCAUACAAGUGUAGUUCAUUACAUUAGUAAAUGACUUAUCUUCAGUAAAUGUGACAAAAGUUAUCCAAAUACUUCUAGUUUUAAUUUUGUAUAGGUUAUCUAUUGUUUUAUUGUUUAAAAUUGAACAGAUGUCUUUGUGAAAUGUUUGGUUAGAAAAGUGUAAUGUAAUAACAUUUAUGCAUUAAA